GACCUGUCAUUUACCCUGGUCCAGCUAAUUUCUAAUCUAAUCAGCUGUUUCCCGGCAAAAAAAACCAGCACUAAUUUAACAACAAAUGUAACUGUUUGGACACAGAGACAAAAUGGGAUUCACACGGAGUCGCUUUCUUGGCGGUAAGCCGUCGAAAGCGCCGCUGCUGCUGCCUUUUCUGCUCACAGUCCUGCUCGUCGGGAGCCAAGGCGACGGCGGUGCGAUGGACAACGGCGCAACUGAGAGGAUAGCAGAGGAAAGCCACCGACAGGACAGUGCCUACCUACUGAUAUUCAUAAUGCUCUUGACGCUCACCAUACUAACCAUAUGGCUUUUCAAACACCGCCGAUUCAGGUUCCUGCACGAAACGGGGCUUGCCAUGAUCUAUGGACUGUUGGUGGGUGUGAUCCUGCGGUUUGGCAUCCACGCCCCCCAAAGCAUGAGCGACGUGAUUCUCGGCUGUGCCGUUAACGGCAGUCCUGCCACUCUCUUGGUCAAUGUCAGCGGACGGUUCUAUGAGUACACUCUGAAGGGGGAAGUCGGACAGGGCAAAGGUCACCAAGUGCAGGACGAUGAGAUGCUGAGAAAGGUGACCUUUGACCCAGAGGUGUUUUUCAACAUUUUGCUGCCUCCCAUUAUUUUCCAUGCAGGUUACAGUCUGAAAAGGAGACACUUUUUCAGGAACAUCGGUUCCAUCCUCGCCUAUGCUUUCAUCGGAACAGUUAUAUCCUGCUUUGUUAUCGGGCUGAUCAUGUAUGGCUUUGUGUCCUUCAUGAAAGUCGUGGGGCAGCUUGAUGGAGAUUUUUACUUUACUGAUUGCCUCUUCUUUGGGGCCAUCGUUUCAGCAACAGACCCUGUGACAGUCCUCGCCAUCUUCAAUGAGCUAAAGGUAGACGUGGACCUCUACGCUUUACUGUUUGGGGAGAGCGUCCUCAACGAUGCCGUCGCCAUCGUCCUCUCCUCCUCCAUUGUGGCGUACCAGCCUGCAGGCGACAACAGCCACAGCUUUGAGGCCAUGGCCAUGUUGAAGUCCUUCGGCGUCUUUCUGGGCGUCUUCAGCGGCUCUUUUGCUCUCGGUGUUGUUACAGGAGUUGUGACCGCCCUCGUCACCAAGUUCACUAAGCUGCGGGACUUCCCCUUGUUGGAGACGGCGCUCUUUUUCCUGAUGUCCUGGAGCACCUUUCUCUUGGCGGAGGCCUGCGGGUUCACAGGUGUCGUUGCUGUGCUGUUCUGUGGGAUCACUCAGGCCCACUACACCUACAAUAAUCUCUCACCAGACUCUCAAGACAGGACCAAACAGUUGUUUGAGCUGCUGAACUUCCUGGCAGAGAACUUCAUCUUCUCCUACAUGGGUCUGACGCUCUUCUCCUUCCAGUCGCACGUCUUCAACCCUCUCUUCAUUGUCGGAGCCUUCGUGGCAGUGUUUCUGGGCAGGGCUGCAAACAUCUACCCUCUGUCCUUCCUCCUCAACCUGGGCCGCAAGAACAAGAUCGGAUACAACUUUCAGCACGUUAUGAUGUUUGCAGGUCUGCGUGGGGCGAUGACCUUUGCACUUUCCAUUCGAGACACAGCGACUUACGCCCGUCAGAUGAUGUUUUCAACCACGCUCCUGAUCGUUUUCUUCACUGUGUGGAUCUGUGGUGGUGGCACCACACCCAUGCUAUCUUUCAUGAGCAUACCGGUGGGUGUGGACUCUGAUCAAGACAACGCUAAUUCAGGCGCGUUGGAUGGGUCACAGCGGAGGAGCACCAAACACGAGAGCGCCUGGCCUUUUAGGAUAUGGUACAACUUUGACCACAACUACCUGAAACCCCUCCUGACCCACAGCGGUCCGCCUCUCACUGCUACUCUGCCUGCAUGCUGUGGACCACUGGCUCGAUGCCUCACCAGCCCACAGGCCUAUGAGAAUGAAGGUCAGCUCCAUGACGACGACUCUGACUUCAUCCUGAACGAUGCCAGCGUGAGCUCCAUGUACGCCGACGUCACCGUCAGCACGGACGCGUCCGGAUCCCGCACCGUCAACCCCAAGCACUCCUCGACCGCCCGCGCCGGGGGUGGUGUAGGUUCUUUCGAUGAAGGUCUGGAUCACGAGCUCUCCGUGGCAGAACACGAAGUGGCGAUCCGGGGAACGCGGCUGGUCUUGCCCAUGGAUGACCCCGUGGAGGCCCCGACUACCGUCACCCUGCCUCCACCACCCUCCCCCCCGCGCUCCGAACCUCACAGGCACAGACUGUAAGAAAGCUGCCGCUCUGAGGACGCAGUUUGUUGUUUCCAACUUAAAAAAAAAAAUACACACUAUACAUACGACUGAUCAAAAUAAUGACAUAUUUAAAAAAACAAAACAAAUGAAUUCUUCGGGAUUUUCAAUCAAAAAGCACAGAUUGAUUUUCUCACCACCAAUCUAUCUAACAUGCAGUUUUAAAAUAGUUUGAGCUUGAUCUAAGUCGGGAUAACUGUGACACUGAAUGUGACGUGAGGGACUUUUAAAUCAAGAGCUUCUCGAUUUUAUAGGUUACAUUUCACCCCUUAUGAGGAGGCUUCAUUUGCUCCUGUGUUUAUCCCACACUGGUGAUAUGGCAGCGCUCUCUAUAAACCUAGCUGUAUACACAGUUCACAUUUUUCCAGCUCCUUUUGUGUGUUUCUACCUAAAGAUAAGCACCACGCAUAACACUGAAGGGCGUUAAAGCCCAUCUACACUACAGUUUGGUAACUAAUCCCACUAACAUAUCCACAGACUGGCUCACUUUAACACUAGUUAUUGUUCCCAGAGUUCAUCAGCAGUUCAAGCAUGUGAUUAGGAGAUUAUCAAAGGAGGAAGCAAACAAAGACCUGAGCGGAACAAACAGGCAGGUACUGAUUAAAGAGAACGAACUGCAUCCACACCAGUGCCCAGGAGCAUCUCCACCAUCUUAGAUUUUAGCACUGCCUCUAAAUCAGUCUGUUUACGGUUUGAUUUAUUUAUUUAACAUUGAUUUCUUUAACAAAAUGAUUUAUUUAUAUACUGAUUCAUUUAGUUUAUUUAUUAUCUAUUUAUUUGUAUUUUUGUGUGAGAUUUCUUUUUGGUGAAAGGCUCCUAUUGCGACUUUUUUCCAAGGGGUGGAGGGCGUAAUAAAAGCGCUACAGAUUUCUUCACAGGUGGAGGCGAUUAUUCCUUCCUGGACUGUAUGCAUGUUUAAAAAAACGUCUCCUUUCUGUACUGUAGCAGAAGCUGUAACUUUAUAUUUGGAAACUAGAGCUUCCUUUGUGUGUGUCUGUCUGGUCUGUGUGUGUGUGUGUGUGUGUG